CACUUCCCAAACCCAGAAUUACAGUAUAUUAGAGGCUGAUAGUCAGGGGGUGUGUUGGCUUAAAAAAAUAGUAAGAGCAGCAAAGUGAAACCUCCGACUGCGCCGUUUGUCCUAAUGCAAAAAUUUGUUUUGUGUAUUUGAUUAAGCUUUUUCCUCUUGAAAGCCAAAACCAGCUGUUUAGCCUAGCUCAGUAGUGAGAGGGCACAGAAUGGCCGAGUUGAGAUCUAAAGGACUGGAUUGGGUACAGACAGGCACAGAAAGGCAAAGGCAGGAUGCGUUGAUCUACAUGCAGUGCUGUGGGCAGGGAAAGGGUGUGAGUGCACAGGAGAAGCUGAAUACGGGGCAAAGAAUCGAGCGGUCCGUUGAUGCCAACACACAGCAAACAACGCUUCAAACCUUCCCACGAUCUUCCGGUGUGGACCUACCCACCUACAGAAGUCCCGAGUCAGUGGAGAUGGAUGAAAUCAUGGCAGCAAUGGUGCUCACCAGUUUGUCCUGCAGUCCCGUGGUCCAAAGCCCUCCGCAGAGGGAUCUUCUUCCAGGGGACAUGGAAUGUUGCGGAGGUGAGCUGUCUGAUAGCGGCAGCAGUGGAUACUGGAGCUGGGAUCAUGGGAGUGUAAGCCCCGCCCCCUCCCUAUCGGUCACUGAGAUGGACAGAAGCCCGAGCCAACCGACAGACGAGGGAUUGCACAUGGAACUGGACCAAUCUGCAUGCGAGGAUCUGGAGGCCAGGAAGUACAAGAGCUUAAGCAAAGAAGCGUACAGGUGUCUAUGGCCCGGCUGUGAGAAAGUCUUAACGUCACGGUUUGGAAUGAAGCGGCACAUUCGCAUUCUUCACUUGGGUGGCGGCUUAGAGCAGUCUCACAGAGAAGAAGACUUCUAUUACACAGAGGUUUCUUCUGAAGAUGAUGAGACUGCACCUUCAUCUCCCGCCCCAUCGUUCUCCAGCGGGGCCUGGACUUCUUGUAGUUCAACACAAAGCCAAACCACACCAGGAUGUCAAGAUAAGGUCCAGUCAAGUCCUCUCAGCCAAUCAGCUCCGAGCAGCGUGUGGCAAAUUCACACUGAACAUCUUUAUCAGGCCUGCACGCCCAUUCAGGUGACGGUAUCUCCGGGUUCUCCCUCCUUGUGUAACUGGACCCUGCCUGGUGAUGUCCAGCAGAAAUCUCAGAUUCCAGCACCUCGCAGCCGGUCAGUGAGUGUCGGAGAGCAGUGGCUGCAGCGAAACAGCGCCCCCACCAGAUCACAGACAAUAAGUGCAUCUCCCUCUAGAGGGCACUGUUCAUUCAGAAAGGGCCGAGGCGAGGCCAAAAAGUGCCGGAAAGUAUAUGGUGUGGAGCGCAGGGACCAAUGGUGCACUGCCUGCCGCUGGAAGAAAGCCUGUCAGCGGUUUCCAGACUAAAACGAAAGACUUUAUGAGAAAGAAUCUGUGUUUUCUUUCUUCUUCCAGAUAUUUCCUGCACUGUAGAGGCUCGCUCGUUUCACUUUUCUACCUUUUUGUUUUCCAACGUUAAAAGUGUUUCGUCAUGUUUUCCUAAAAAAAAUGAGCACCGGUAAAUAUACAUACUGUGUAAAGUAGUAAAAUCAGAACCCUAAUUGAAUUUUUCCCUCCUAUGAGACUAAAGUGUAGCCCUGUAUCUGACUGUGUUUUUUUGGGGGGGGGUCCACCCCAGUCUUGCACUUAUACACCUGAGAUAUUUAAGCGAUUGUUGAUUUUUUUGUAUACUGUGGACAGUGUAUUGCUUUGAACAUUUUCAUGAUGUUUUCUAUUGUGGUUUUGUUUGCCUGAAAGGUGUAACAUUGUGAUGCCAUGUAUUGUGUUUUUUCUACGUAUUUAGUCACAACUUUACGUUCCGCAGGGUUUGACUGAGGCUCUUUGCCAUAGCGCUUCCUAAUCAAUCAAAACUGCCAGAUAUAAAGCUAAAGUCAUGUCGAAUGAAAGAUGAUGUGAUGGAUGUUGUUUGAUGGAGAUUAAAGUGCAGCUAUAACCUUUUGAUGGAAUACCAAAGUGCUAUUGCAAAGGCGAGUAAAAGGGAGUUUGACUGAAUACUGCUCUGAGAACAGUUUGGACCUGUUCCCUUUGUACGCUACUUCUUAUCCUUCCAAACAGUGUUGAGGUCUUAUUUGUUGUACAAUAAUGAUCUUACCCAAAAGAUUUUACAUUUAAAGGAUUUGACAGCCCUGACACUAUAUUGAAAAAAGAUUAAAAACAAGACAUGAGAUAAAAUAUGCAAAUUUCAAAAGCUUGUCAUUUGUGCUUGACAAAUAACGAGAACAAUCGUAAAAUUAUUUUAUUGGCAUUUUUCUGUACGUUUCAUGUACAUGUAGUGAAAAGAAUUAAAGAAAGGCUCACUUUCUAGAAAUACUUGCAGAAUGUGUCUGAAAUGAAAAUCAUUCACAAAGCCAAAAUGUCUACGGAAAUAAAGUCUUACAUUUAUACCAACAAUACUGUACACUUACUGUACAUUUAUACCCAGAAUAAAGUACACUUACACUA